CGCCUGUUGACUCCCCAGCAAGGCAGUACAGUAUCCUCCAUCCCUUCACCCACUUCAGAUCUGCUCAGGUCUGCUUGCAAAAGGAUCUAUCAGAUACCUGAACAUGAACGACGAAGACUACAGCACCACUUAUGACACAGUGCAAAAAGAGAGGGAGUAUGAGGUUCCAGACCAGCCAGCAGAAAAUGAAGGUGCCAUUUAUGAUAAAGUCCAUGAAGAAUUGAUGUCAGAAAACACUUUAUAUGUCAAUGAGCUGCAAACCCAUGAAUAUGAUUCUGUAUCAGUUUAUGCUGUUGGGAGUGAGGAGAACAGCUUGGCCUUUAUCCAACCAGAAGCAGAAGACUACCUCCUGCCUGAUGAGGUAUAUUCUGAGGCCCAGGAUCCUCAACCAGGUGAACCCCAGGAAGACGGGGACAUCUUGAUGGAAGAAUUACACUCACCAACUCAGGACCAGGAGAUGAGCCCAGAAGAGCCACAGCAGAACAGAAGCAGAAUGCUUCCUCCUCCAAGCUUCACCGUCCAGGAGAGCAGUGACGAUUCUCCCACCUGCUAUUCUGCAGAUGAUGGUUUUGAUGAUAGCAAGUCACCUUCCAUGAACCCUGAGAUCAACCUCUUCAUGAAGGCCGGAAUCGACGGGGAGAGCAUCGGCAACUGCCCCUUCUCUCAGCGCCUCUUUAUGAUCCUCUGGCUGAAGGGAGUCGUGUUCAAUGUCACCACUGUGGAUCUGAAAAGAAAGCCAGCCGACCUGCACAACCUGGCCCCUGGCACCCACCCGCCCUUCCUGACCUUCAACGGGGAUGUGAAGACCGACGUCAAUAAGAUCGAGGAGUUCCUGGAGGAGACUUUGACUCCGGAAAAGUACCCCAAACUGGCUGCGAAGCACCGGGAGUCCAACACUGCAGGCAUCGACAUCUUCUCCAAGUUCUCUGCCUACAUCAAAAACACGAAGCAGCAAAACAAUGCUGCCCUUGAGAGAGGCCUGACCAAGGCACUAAAGAAACUGGAUGACUACCUGAGCACCCCUCUGCCAGAGGAGAUCGACGCCAGCACUCACGGGGACAAUGACAGGGGGUCCCGGCGCAAAUUCCUGGAUGGGGACGAGCUGACCUUGGCCGACUGCAACCUGCUGCCCAAGCUCCAUGUGGUCAAGAUCGUGGCCAAGAAAUACCGCAACUACGACUUCCCGGCCGAGAUGACGGGCCUGUGGCGGUACCUCAAGAACGCCUACGCCCGGGACGAGUUCACCAACACCUGCGCCGCGGACUCGGAGAUAGAGCUGGCCUACGCAGACGUGGCCAAGCGCCUCAGCCGGUCCUGAGCGCCGCCCGCCGCCCGCAGGGCCCGCUCCCAGGACUCCAGCCUCGGGACCCCCUUCCACAGCGCCGCGCACGCCCCCCUGGCCUGGCCACGCCGGCUGGCGGCAUCAGCACCUCCGCCAACCCCGCCCGUCACCCAUCACACAGGACUCUGCAAGCAGAAAUGCUACACGCAGUCCAGCCCUCCGCCUUUGGGCCCGUCUGGGCCCAGUGUAAUCGGGGUCAGUGUUGCAGACCCCGCCAAGGGGAUUGUCACUGGCCCCUGCUGCCAAUAUCAGAGCAUCUCCCCCGUGCAUUAGGAACACGCACGGCUGCUGUCCUCCUCCCCUCCUCUUUGUCAGUAACCUCAAGGCCAAGGACAAAUGCCAUCCUAGUUCUUAUGCGACAGAGAUCCCCCGCUCUCUUUCAGAGAGAAUGGAGAGGGGCCGAGCAGGCUUGGCAUCUGAGACGUACCUGAGUCCCUCGCCACUUUCUGCCACUCCUGUCACGCGGGGCGCUGAAGGCCAGAUGGGAAACCACGCCAGACCCGGUGUCAGCGUGCCGCCGCGCCCCUGGCUGACACGGCCCUCGGCCCUCGGAGGUUAGGCUGCCCAGGUCUCGCCAGCAAGGGAAACUGCAUGCACUUCCAGACUGGGGAGGGGGGAGGGGAGGCAAGCAGUGUUGAUGCCAAAGGGCCCACGGGGGUCUACCAGCCAUGGGGGUUGCUUGCUUGGGGGUAGUUGCUUUGUUGCAGGUUACAUGCCUGGCUUGGACUAUGUUUCUCCACGGGUGAAUCUUGGUCUGUGAGAAAGCAGAUGAAGAUG